CAGCGCACACUGAAGCAAGCAAGCAAGGCCUAGUCACCGUCGCCGCCGUUUUCGUCGUCUUUGCUGUGCCACUAGCACCACCACCACCACCACCAUAGCUGUACUCAUGUCUGAGCCACGCUCCCCUGCAAGCCCUGAGAUGGCUGCAUCAUCUCAGGUGCCUGAUGACACUCUCCUCCAGCCGUCUCAGACGGCCAUGAUGGAGGCCAUGGAGGAAAGGCGCGUCUUCGGGCCGAAGCCUGACUUUGCAGACCUCAAGAGGGCAACCAGGCGACUUCUCGCUACAAGGCAAGGACCACCAAAGUGGGUGCUGGAGAAGGCGUACCCGCUUAACCCUUCCCAGUCCAAGAGGAUUGUUAUCGGCCUCUGUCUCGAGAGGAGGCUGCACAUCUGUGUGGCGAUUGAGAACGCCUCUGGACUCGGCAUCAAGUUGCGUAGUGGGGACCUGGAGCAUCUUCUGGACCGCUCGUGGGUGGACACCGUUCUGCAGCAUCUGAGCGAGCCCACUGCGUACGGUAAGAGCAUGAAAAGCGACGGAUUUGAGUUCAAGUGUACGUUGUUGCGUAACUCGGAGCCGGGACUGCGAAUCUCGGCUCUUGACGAGGAAAAAGAGUGCUACGUUAUUCUAGGGGCUGUUACUUGCAAACGGUUGUUUGAGCUGAAGCAUGCCUUGAAGCGCAAGCUGAACAUGCUUCAGUCAGUCUCUAUGAGACCGAUAAGUGGCUUUUGCGUCGUCUAGAGUCUCUGAAGGCGGACGCAUACACUGCCGGACAGGAUAACCUGACCGAGGAGCAGGCUUUGGAUCUUGUGAUUAAAAACGUAGAGUUUCAUGACAAGGGUUAUAUUUAUCACUCUGAUUGGGCCAACAUGGAGUGUAACUUUGUUCAUGACAUGUUGAACUGUCAUCCACACCUUGUGGCAAGGAUGUUAUGUGAUUUUACCAAAGAGUAGUUGUAUUUGCUACACUGUGACAUGACUUGUACUAUCAUUAUCAUUUCUUUUUUAAGAAAAAUAUUCAUGACCGUGUAUAUAUGAGGUCAUUUGAGUGUGUUUGUGAGUGUUUGUAUACUGUCUAUAUCCACUGAAGCAAGUAAAAUAAAUAAUCCAUGAUACAGCAUUUUUAAAUCUGUUGUGUGUAUGUCUCAGUUUAUUAUGUCCUUCAUCAUC